AACAAGACUCUGCUGAAGGAAAUUGUGUAGUCACUGUGUGUUUAGUUACCGGUUGGCACGCUGGUAUAAGUUGGUUUAUUGAUCUUAUUUUAUAUAUUUAGUUUGCUUGCGGUUUGCCCUCCUUAUUACCGGCAACAUGUCUAUUAUGUCAUAUAACGGAGGGGCCGUCAUGGCUAUGCGUGGAAAGAAUUGCGUUGCAAUUGCAGCUGAUAGAAGGUUUGGUAUCCAGGCUCAGAUGGUAACCACAGACUUUCAGAAGGUCUUUCCUAUGGGUGAUCAACUAUACAUCGGCUUGGCUGGACUGGCCACAGAUGUGCAGACAGUAUCACAACGGCUUAAAUUCCGACUUAACCUUUAUGAGCUAAAGGAGGGUCGUCAGAUCAAGCCCAAGACCUUCAUGAGCAUGGUGUCCAACCUUUUGUAUGAGAGGAGGUUUGGACCCUACUACAUUGAGCCUGUCAUUGCUGGUCUGGACCCGAAAACAUUUGAACCUUUCAUCUGUUCAUUGGACCUGAUUGGUUGCCCCAUGGUAACAGAAGAUUUCGUUGUCAGUGGCACUUGCUCAGAGCAGAUGUAUGGGAUGUGUGAGUCAUUAUGGGAGCCUGACAUGGAGCCAGAUGACCUUUUCGAGACCAUUUCCCAGGCAAUGCUGAAUGCUGUAGACAGAGAUGCUGUUUCUGGUAUGGGAGUGGUAGUGCAUGUUAUUGAAAAAGAUAAAAUCACCACUCGAACCCUGAAGGCCAGAAUGGACUAGAUUUCCUACUCCUCUCACAUUUUUUGUAUUGUAAUAGAACAAUAAUAGAAUAUACCAAUUGCCUCUGUUUAUUCUUUCCAAUUGAUCUUUCAAUAAACCAUUCUACACUUUCAA